UCUCAGCCAUGUCGCUCUGGACAUCCGUGAAGGUAGCAUGAAGACAUUCGUGCUGUUGGCGCUCCUCGGCGCUGCUGUGGCCGCCAGCGAUUUCGACAGGCAGUGCGCGCCUUCGGCUGACCCCGGACCUUGCAAGGGCUACUUCCCCAAGUGGUGGUACAACGUGCUGUCGGGCAAGUGCGAGCAGUUCAUCUAUGGCGGUUGCCAAGGAAACGACAACAGAUACGACACCCAACAAGAGUGCGAGAGGACAUGCGCCACUGAACCAAGUGUGCUUGACCUUAACGCUAGGCCGUCCGUCACUGUGCUCUGGAACAAGACUAAGCACACGCCUCACAAUGAGUCCUCGGAAUACGCCGCUUUCAACUUGAAUGCCGGGGUAGACUUCGAGACCUCCUGCAAGCCCACGGCUGACCGUGGCCCUUGCAAGGGUUACUUCCCCAGGUGGUGGUUCAAUGUGAACACUGGCCAGUGCGAACAGUUCAUCUACGGCGGUUGCCAGGGAAACAAGAAUAAUUACCCAACCAGGAUGGCCUGCGAAACGAGCUGCCUCAGGCGACUGAUGUCCUUGAACCUCAACGCAACGAUUCCAGUUCACAACUUCGCCUGUCUCAAGGAAAGCGACGCAGGACCGUGCCGUGCAUUCAUCACUCGCUACUACUUCAACACGACGACAAAGACAUGCGAGGAGUUCACCUACGGAGGCUGCGAGGGCAACCUCAACAACUUCGAGACGGUCGAAAUAUGCAAAGCCAGUUGCGCUCCUGAGACCGAGUACGAGGCCAAGUGUCUCUCCAGGCCCGAGACCGGGCCGUGUAGGGCUCACAUGGUCCUGUGGGCCUACGACGCCAACCUGGGGCGGUGUAAGACGUUCGUUUAUGGUGGCUGCGACGGCACCGACAACAAGUACCCCACUGAGCAAGCGUGCGUAGCGCAGUGCCAGCACCCACCGAAAGAGCUGGUCGAAGGAUACGUGAUGGCAUCCCGGCAGCUGGCAGAGUCCUACAAUACGACUGAAGUUGAGGGCAUCUUCUCUGUCCCAGAACUGCUGUGGGAGGAUGUGCCUUCGAACGACGUGUGCCACCUGCCGAAGGAUCCCGGGCCGUGCCUUGCCUACAUCCCUCGCUACUACUACAACAACGUCACCAAGCGGUGCGAGAAGUUCAUCUACGGAGGAUGCCAAGGCAACGACAACAACUUCCCCACCGUGCAGGAGUGCAGACGGACUUGCAAGCCCCGCAACCUGACUUCUGGCAUUGACAUAAACUUCGUGUCGGAACCGGAGCCCACGAACCCCGUGUGCUACGAGCCGAAGAAGGUCGGACCCUGCAGGGCCUACGUUCCUCGCUACUUCUACAACACGACGACCAAGUACUGCGAGCGCUUCAUCUACGGCGGCUGCAAGGGAAACCGCAACAACUUCCCCGAACUGGAGGAGUGCCUGCAGACCUGCAAGGUCGGAUACGAGAACGUCACGGAGAGGUUCAUGCAGUUGGCCACUCCGCUCAAAAACGACACGUGCUACCUGCCGAUGAAGGCUGGCCCUUGCUUCGGCUACUUCCCCCGCUACUACUACAACACCACAACAAACACCUGCCAACAGUUCAUCUACGGCGGAUGUCAGGGCAACGCCAACAACUUCCCGACGCUCCGUAAAUGCCAGAGUGUAUGCACCACGGUCAAGAACGACACGUGCCACCUGCCGAAGAAAGCUGGACCCUGCUUCGGCUACUUCCCCCGCUACUACUACAACACUACGACAAACUCCUGCGAGCAGUUCAUCUACGGAGGAUGCCAGGGCAACGCCAACAACUUCGAGACGCUCGAGAAAUGCGAGAGUGUAUGCAGCAACAGUUCUAACGCAUGGGAACUCACCAGGUCCAGGCUCAUCACUAAACUACUGACCCUGGACCCAAUAUGUGAGCUGCCGAAGAAGGCUGGUCCGUGCCGUGGCUACUUCCCCCGCUACUACUACAACGUGACGACAGACACCUGCGAAGUGUUUAUCUACGGAGGAUGCCAGGGCAACGCCAACAAUUUCAAAACACUUACGCAGUGCGAGACCAGGUGUGGCGGUAAUCUCACCCUCGAAGACGACUCAUGGAAGAAGCACAUCACGAAGCCGGUUGCCUUGGCGGACUACAUCCGCUCCAACCCUGUCCUGUCCAGGAGCCUCGUGCGACUAAACCCGGUGUGCAACGAGCCCAAGCAACCCGGUCCCUGCGCCGGCUAUUUCCCUCGUUUUUACUUCGACAACGAGACCAAGACUUGCCAGCCGUUUGUCUACGGAGGAUGCCAGGCCAACGGUAACAACUUCUACACCCUCGAGGAAUGCAACAGCACCUGCUGGGCAUCCCUGAACCACCACCCCCUGGUGAUCACCAGUGCCGUUGAAGUUCCAUUCUGGCCUCUGUCGCCUCCGGAAGAAUGCACCUAUCCGGCCGACGCAGGACCAUGCGACGCUUACAUGCCACGAUUCUUCUACAACACUCUCACCAAGUCGUGCGAGCAGUUCAUCUACGGAGGAUGCGGAGGCAACGCUAACAACUUCCGCACCUACGACGCGUGCCAGAACAAAUGCACCAAGUUCUUGGGCAUCAUCCCUCGCGCCUAAGAGGAAGGGAUACCUCUCCGACCGUCGCAUCCACCGGCACACAGAAUCAUCCAGAAAUACAGAGACGAUUGGAAGCGCUCAACAUGAAAGAGAAAUAAUAAAAAAACGCCCACCCUAGUGUUGGCGUCAGCCAUUCGAAGCCGAGACGGAAGCACGAAAAUUAUUCUCGCUGGUGCGACAUUAAUAUCUGCGAAUGUCGUUUUGCUUACAAAGCCAACAUUUUGUGUUUCAGAACACUGAAAUUAAAACAUUCUGGCCCAACAUAAGUAUUCUUUGUAUAACUGUCAGCUGGAGGACUUGACAAUUUGAAACGGAUCCGACUCAGUUUAUUGCUUAAUAAAGCCGUCUUUCUGUAAGCCUA